UUAUGUCUGCCAAACAUUUCUCUUCUUGGAGGCCCUGAGGCAAAUCUUUAUGGAGCAAGAUGGACAAAGAGAAGAGUUUUCAACACCUUGAGUUAGUCUAAAGUAGCCUGAAGUGAGAUUCUAGGACUGAAGCAUGAUGGGAAAUGUAGUCAGGAAUUUUGGGCACCAGUUUUGUUUCUCCUCCUAGACUUUUUAAAGUGCGCAAAAAAAAAGGUUCACACGUUUAUUUUUUUAGCAUCUACAACCGAUACGGUAGCAACUCGAGCAGGAGCGCUGCAGCAUGGGACUCAGCUGCUUCAAGUCCUGGAAACAUGACAGCACAGGGCACAAAGGUAACAGAGACGUGUUGGCCAGCCCAGGCUCGUACUUCUUCCUGUCCAACAGCGCCGGUCAGGGUGACGAGUGGCUGAAGAGCCUCAACAAAGGAGUCUGGAUCCCUUUCACAGGGGUCUUCGGUCAGCGUCUGGAGGAGACGGUGCUGUAUGAGCGACGUUAUGGGACGCGUUUGGUUCCUCUGGUGGUGGAGCAGUGUGUGACCUUCAUCAGGGAUCGCGGCCUGCAUGAAGUUGGUUUGUUCAGGCAGCCGGGGCAGGCCAGUCUGGUCAAAGAGCUGCAGGAGGCGUUUGAUGCAGGGGAGAGACCAUCCUUUGACAGUAACACAGAUGUCCACACGGUGGCGUCGCUGCUGAAGCUGUACCUCAGACAGCUGCCUGAGCCGCUGGUUCCUUACAGGCGCUACCAGGACUUCCUGCUCUGUGGUCAGAAGAUGUUGAACGACCGCACACGGGGUUUGGGAGAGUUGAGAAAUCUUCUCCAUGAGUUACCAGUCGCAAACUUCAACCUUCUCAACUUCAUCUGCCAGUUUCUGAACGACGUCCAGAGUUACUCAAGCAGCAACAAGAUGAGCAGCCAGAACUUGGCCACCGUGUUCGGGCCGAACAUCCUCCGAGCCAAAGCUGAAGACCCACAAAGCAUCAUGGGAGGUGCAGCGCUGGUCCAGGUGCUCAUGUUGGAGCUGAUCAGAGAGCACGAGUCCCUCUUUGCGAGAGCCCCCCAGUCCAUCUCCGCCCGCCCUCCCGCAGGGUCACGUGCGUCCCCGGGUGCUCUGAGACAGCCUCACCUCCACCCGACAUCCUGCCACCGCCAGCUGUCCCUGCCUCUCAUCGCAGAGCGCUCCAGAGAGGCUGACAGACAGCAGGCCGCAGACGCACAGAACCCCAGCUGUGCCUACUCGACUGCUGCCAAAUCAGACGUUCCCUUCAGCCAGAAGAGGCUUCUCGGCCAUCGCUACACGUCCUCCCACCCCGAGAACUGCUUCUACCCCCCGCCUUCCUCUAGUCAUCACUCAGACAUAGACUACCACCAGGACCAUGCCCACAAAGGACCGUCCACUGCAAACACUCAAACCUCUACAACCAGCGUCCAGGUGCGAGACUCACAGCCCAAAUCUCUGCUGGCCUGGCCGGGUCGAGGAGAGGCAGACGCUGGUUUCUCGGGCUCUUACGCUGUAGAGGAUAGGGUCGCACUACCAGAAACAACCAGCGGGGGCAGCAGUGAGGCUCAGGAUGACAGUAACCUCUCUGCCUAUGACAACCUGGACGGCUCGUGUGAGCGCGAGGCGAUGGCGGAGAUCACCGGAGGACAUUUUGAAACGGACAAUCCAGAAACCUGUGGAGACGAGGCGGAGCUUGAGGAGGAGGCGUGGCAGACUAAGGACUCCUGCUCUUCAUGGUCAUCCUGCGAGGUACUACCGUUGGAUGAGAGCAGGGAUGACGCGGACACGGUUAGUCUUGACAUGUCGCCAAAGAGACCAAAAAAUGUACCUUCAGGUCAACUGCGAGACGAGGAGAACAAUCAAGAAGACGAUCAUGAAGACAAAAACAGUAAUGAGGAAGAUGAUGAUGAUGAUGAUGAUGAUGAUGACGUCAGCCACCCUAACUCCCCAGCGUCUUGUUUGUUACUCAGUCCUCUGAGUACAGGAAGCUCAGAGGUGUUCCUUCCCGCCUGUCCUCCAGACGCCCCGGCGCCUGAGCCUCAGUCACCGCCCAGAGACGCUCAGAGCCUCCUGGCUGAGCUGCAGCGGCAGAUGGCCCGACAGAAGGCCGAGUACCAGGCAAGGAUACAGAGGUUGGAGCGCUGUAACGACGUCCUGGAGCGGCAGGUCACAGUCCUGCGGGUCAGUCUGGAGAAGCAGAGGCGCAGCCAAAGCGUCGCCGAGAUCAAGAUCCGCAACAUGGAACGAGCCAAAGCCGACGCCGACCUCCGGAACACCACCCUGGAGAGGGAGAUGGAGCUUUUCUUCCAAAUGUACGGAGAGUUUAAAAGAGGAGGAUUUGAAGGAGGGAGAGGCGGAGGGAGUCUCUGAAGACGGAUGACGGAAAAGUUCUUUAAAGGUCAGGAAGCGAUCGGACGGAUUGUUGCAGUUUGUUGAGAAGUUGAUGUUUGUCCCGCUCCUCUGUGAGACCAUGAAGGUGUCAAACCUCGAAAGGAAAACAGUCAGGGCAAGAAAUAAAUAAAAAUGAAGAUACUGCACCUUCCAGAGGACAAGACAGAUGUUUGCAAUUUCCACCAGUAAGCCCGACUGACUGAGUGGAUUAACUUCACAGCUUCAAGAAGAAGGAACGAAAGGAUGCUCGCUAGCUUCUUCAAUGUGCAGUGACGGACUAAACUUCAACAAGUGAGGCGGAUGAAUUGGUCGACUGGUUAAAGCCCCAGACAAUAAUCCUGCUUUGAUGAAAAAUCAGUAACCACUGUGUCUUCCCAUUAAACAAACUCAGGUCUCCUUUAAGAAGCCGACCCAGAGGAAAACUCAGAACUAAAAGCUCGUCCAGGCUGAGAGGAAUACUGAGUGACAGAUUUGGUGCAUCAGUCCAUGAUAAGACGCCGGGCAUACAUGCUGGACUUGUUCUCUUUGAAGCCAGGAUGUGUUGUUUUCAUGAGUCUGCUACAUCUCUUCCUCCACGCCUCAAUGUGGUCAAUCGCAAGGUCGAGAUGUGUCCAAGAAAGUUCAAGAUAGACGAUGCAUGGACAGGGAAAAUGUGGAGAACACUCCCAUUGUUCCAUUAAGAUGUUUAAAAGAUGAUUGUGUGAAGACGUUCAAUAGUGAAAGUUUUAUCACUGACUGUUCUGAAGACGUUGAUUAGACGCCAAAGUUUGAAGCAGAUUUCAACAGGAAGUCUGCUUCUGUCAGAAGAUUCUUCACACACUCACACGCUUAUUAAAAGAGAUUUUAAAAGUUGCUUAUCAUAAAGUCUGCAGCUAAAAUGAUUGUAUUGAGAAAUGCAUCACAGUUACCAAUUAAAAAUCGAAUGAAAGAAGCUGGAGUCCAUCCCAUGACUUAUAAAGAGUCCAGCGUUUCUUAUUAUCAUCUGUCCCCAAGUCCUUUCAGACCUUCCCCUCCGUCAGGUGUUAAAGAGGACAUAUGAUCCCCCUCCUCCACCUUUUCAAACAGUCCCCUCCUCCACCUUUUCAAACAGUCCCCUCCUCCACCUUUUCAAACAGUGCCCUCCUCCACCUUUUCAAACAGUCCCCUCCUCCACCUUUUCAAACA